AUGUCACGCAGGGCUGUGCUACGUGUGGAGGAACGCCUACUACCGCGCUAUACCCCGCAUCCGCAAGGACCACGCGACAGCUUCCCCAGAGCCAAGACGCCAAAGGGGGUGCAGAAAAGUGGCCUGACUGGGUGGUAUCUGUCCGAGCAGCAUGUACAGGGAGGGCACGGUGCGUCGGGGUAUCUAUCAGCGAGGGCCGGAAAGGAGACAACCCGGAAAGGAGACAACAACAACUACAAAUUGGACAAUCAGGAACCAAAGCCGGAGCCCGGCGUCCAGUUCAUUGGAACGGGUGUGAUACGCAGCAUGACGUGA